GGCGACGUGGACGCGAUGCCAUUUCUGGGGGAAAUGUACGGGAAUGGACUCGGCGUCAAGCUGGACAAGAAGAAGAAGGAGCGGCUGUAUCGCAUGGCCGCAGAUCGGGGCUCCGCGUUCGCGCAAUACAAUUUAGGGACUUUCCUUCAUUUCGAGGAGAAAUUUGAAGAAGCGUUCCGGUACUAUGUGCUCGCGGCGAAUCAAGGCCAUACCGAGGGAGAGCAUGGCCUUGGCUAUUGUUACAGGCUCGGAAGAGGCACGGAAAAAGCCGCGAAGAUUUACCGGCGCGCUGUGGAGCUCGGCGACGUGGAGGCGAUGAGAAACCUUGGGUUUAUGUACGAGACUGGAAGUGGCGUCAAGCUGGACAAGAAGAAGGCGGAGCGGCUGUAUCGCAUGGCCGCAGAUCGGGGCGACGCGACCGCGCAAUUCAAUUUAGGGGCUUUCCUUCAUGCUGAGGCGAAAUUUGAAGAGGCGAUCCGGUACUUUGUGCUCGCGGCGGAUCAAGGUUUAGCCGCUGGAGAGCACGGCCUUGGCUAUUGUUACAGGCUCGGAAGAGGCACGGAAGUCGACCUCGGCAAAGCCAGAUACUGGUACGCGCGCGCCGCUGCCAAGGGCUACGAGAAAGCGACAAGGAACCUCGCGCGCCUCGACGCAGGACUAUAG